AUGUUCCAGCGCCUCCGCCAUGCCGUGGGUUGGGGGUCGUCGUCGGGGAUCGGCAUGCACAUGAGUGGCGGACAGUCGCGCGUGGAAUUCCAAGUGCAUGCGCAGCUUGGUCACGGAGAGACGUUGUACGUGGUUGGGGAUGCGGCGGGAUUAGGAAAUGCCCUGUCCACAUACGUCGAUUCAGGCCACCUCCACAGUCCACUGUCACUUCCCUCGUCGAGCCUGAGCUUCAACGCCCCGUCGCCUAACGCACCUGUCCUCAAGAUGUCAUUCAGCGAUCCGGGCGACGAAGCGCCCCCAGAGCUCAAGCACAGCUCCUCCACCGGCUUGGGACCUCCGACCGUGUCGAGCUGUCGCUUGGUGACCACCCCCGAGAUGUACCCAUUGUGGUACAACGCCGAUCCGGUCGUGCUCAAUGCCAACACGAACCUCACGUAUCGCUACGCGGUCUGCUCGAACGGCAAGUUUGUGCGGUAUGAAUCGUUUGAGCGCAGCGCCACAAUCGCAGGGGACUCACACCAAGUGACCGAUGUGCUGGAUCAACGCUCCGUCGACCAAAGUAGCAGCAGCGAGAAUGGCGAGGGGCGGAGCCAAGCAACGGUGGUGCCUCGUCUGAGCAGCGGCCAGGCUUUCGUGGACCGCCGCGCCACCCUCGCUUCGACGGACGCAGAAGGGGCGGCGAUCCAUCAUCACCACCUCAGCAGUCGAGGGUCCAAGAGGGGUUCGCUUCUCCAGGAGUCGUUUUCCAUCCCCGAAGGCGACGAAGAGGCCGAGUCGUUGAAACCCACGAAGCAAUACAUCAUCGACGAAGAGGCCACCAAUCCCCUGAACCAGGGCGGCAUUGGUCUCGGUCAGCGCCGCCGUACGAGCGGCAACUACAGCUUGAACUCCCCUCGGCACAACCAUCACCACCACAAGGAAGGCGACGUCACCGCCAGUCCGAUUUCUCCGCAGAGCAACAACCUGACCAUCCAGCCCACGGACGGCGUGAUCAUCGUCGUGCACCGGCUGCCCGUGCUCGUGACCAAGAUCGGUGACGGCGAGUACCAGAUCGACUGGGAAGACGACAACCUGCUGUGUCCGUCGGGGCUGAUCAAGGAGAACCAGAGCAACGGCCUGCUGUACCGCGACGGCACGGCCAGUGCCAUGCGGCUCACGUGGGUCGGGAUGGUGCACUGCAACGCGGUGAUUCCCAAAGAAGACCAGGACAAGGUGGCGCGGCAGAUGCACGCGUACCAUUGCGUGCCGGUGUUCAUUGACCCCGCCAUGAGCCAGACAUUCCACUCAUUCUGCUACGGGACGCUGUGGCCUAUCAUGCACAACAUUGUCGACGUCUACGGCAAACUCCCCACGCGGUGGUGGAAUCCGUCGCAGCAGAAGAACGCGUGGAGUUCGUACAUGCACGUGAACCGCAUCUUCGUCAACAAGGUCAUCGAAGUGUACAAUGAAGGCGACUUGGUCUGGGUGCAUGGCCUGCACCUGCUGGUCGCGCCGUCGUUCUUGUCCCGCCGCCUGCCAUAUGUGAACGUCGGCCUCUUCCUCCACACGCCGUUCCCGUCCUCCGAGAUCUUUCGCACGCUAUCGGUGCGCGCCGACUUGCUCCGAGGCAUGCUCUCGGCCGACCACAUUGGGUUCCACUUGUACGAACACGCACGCCACUUCUUGACGAGCUGCCGCCGCAUCCUCGGGCUCAAGUACAACGCUCAAGCGGGGGGGUACAUUGGUGUCGAGUACAACGGCCGCAUGGUGGCCAUCACGAUCAGCCACAUCGGCAUCGAGCCCCCAUUUGUCGACCGGUUGUCCGUCAAGGACCAAGUGCUCCACGAGACUGCGCGGCUGCGGGCGCUGUACGGAGCCAAAAAGAUCGUCGUGGGUGUCGAUCAAGUCGAGCGGCUCAAAGGCAUCACGCUCAAAAUGCUGUCCCUCGAGCAGUUCUUCCGCACCAACCCGGCGUAUCGUGAUACAGUCCAAGUGGUGCAGAUUGGCAUUGUGGAUGGCGCCGACACGUCCGAGGCCAAGCUAAAGCUGCGCAAGGAAAUCCAGACCAUCGUGGACCGCAUCAACGCCACGUACCCGCAGCCGCAAGGCGUCGAGCCCGUGGUGGUGUACCAGGAGCUCAACAACACGGACUUGUCGAUCCGGCUGCCGCUGUGGAACGUCGCAGAUGUGAUGUUGCUCACCAGUGUGCGCGACGCCGUGAGCUUGUACCCGUUUGAGUUUGUGUACGCGCACAACGUGACCAAGAGCCCGGGGGUGGUGAUCGUGUCGGAGUUUUCCGGCAGCAGCCGCGUGCUCACGGGGAGUUUGGGGGUGAAUCCGUGGAAGAAGAAGGAGGUGGUGGAGGCGCUGGUCACGGCGCUCGACAUGUCGGACGAGGAGAAGGCCGCUCGCCACGCGCACGACUUUGAGUACAUCGCCGUCAACACCCGCACCAAAUGGGCCGAGCGCAUCCUGGUCGACUUGAAGCGCACGAGCAAGGCGGCGUCCACAGUUGGGAUGCAGUACAUGGGGUACGGAUUGGGAUUGGGCUACCGCAUGCUCGAGUUCCACGCAGGGUUCAAGAUGCUCGAAACGGAUCAAGUCGUACGAGCGUACCGCCACACAUUCCGCCGUGUGCUGCUGUUUGACUACGGCAACACACUGGCGCAAGAGAACCUGCCCCAAAACAACUUCUCCAAGUACAUCAAGGGCGACGACGGCGGCGGACUGUCGGGCGACCUCGAGCAUGACACGCCCAAAGCGUCGCCGGAACUGCUCAAGGCGCUGUCCAAGCUGUGCAGCGACCCCCGGAACACGGUGUUUGUGCUCAGUGGAAAGGACCGCCAGGACCUGGAGAGGACGCUCGGGGGGGUUCCGGGGCUCGGACUCGCGGCCGAGCACGGGUACCUGUACCGGUGGGGGGACAACGACGACGGAUGGCUGUGCACGAAGGAGAACUUUGACGACUCGUGGAAAGACAUUACUCACUCGGUCAUGGACAUCUACACCCAGCGAACGCACGGGACGUAUAUUGAGCUCAAGGGCAGCGCCCUGCUGUGGCAGUACCGAGAUGCCGACCCCGAGUUUGGCCAACUGCAGGCGAAAGAGCUGCACGAACAGCUUCUCCAAGUGUUGGAAUCGUAUCAGGUUGAGGUGCUUCCUGGCAACGAUUACCUGGAAGUGCGUCCGGAAGGCGUGGACAAGGGUGUGAUGGUGGACCGCAUCCUGUCGUCGCUCGAGAGCCGAGGGGGCAGCCCUGUGGACUAUGUGCUGUGCAUUGGCGACGACCUGUCGGACGAGUUUAUGUUCAGCUACUUGGAGGAGCGCAAUCUGCCCAAGACGUUCACGGUCACGGUGGGCAAGAAGCCCAGCGCCGCCAAACACUUUUUGAACGACGUGGAUCAAGUCACAGAGGUGCUGAACGCUCUCACAAAAGUUACGACCACAUCCAACCGCAACCUGUCGAUGAACGACCUGAGAGCGAUGGACCAUCAUCGGUGGUUGGACACGUCGGUCGUCCCGGAGGCCUCCACGCCAGUCGUCGGAGGGUCGGUUGUGCCUCCUUCGUUCCCCCCUCCGUCGCUUGGCGGAUUUAGUAGCUCCAUGAAGAGUGCCAAGCAAUCGAUGUCCAUGACCAGUCUGUCGACCAUCACGGCCGCUGACCCGAAGCCGGACUUUCGACGUUCGGCCACGGCGUCCACGUACGAUGUUUAUAUUAGCCACAUUCAAGAAGACGACGACCACGGUGGCAUUUUCUUUUAA